AUGGCUGCUGAAUUCUGGAGCUUCUCUGCUUCACUCGCGUUGCUUUGUUUAUUCUGUUAUCUGCUCACUUUCUCACACUGUCACUCCUGUAAUCACAGAGUACCCUCACCCUCAGAGGUGAUACAUGAUGUCUAUUUGAAACCAGGGAGGUUGACUAAACGAAGCACCGAGCUGCAGUUAAAAAUUCAGGUUGUUUACGACUCCGGCUUGGACGUGCUGGAUGAGAACAAGAGCAGUCUUGUAAAGGACAAGCUUUUCCCACAAGCCAUUGAUUACCUUCAGAAGGCCUUUAGGGUGCGCAGGCAGACCGGUCCGGUGUUAUUAAGCAGACAAUGUGCAACGAGUCAGUAUCUGCGCAAAAAAGAUGAACCACACCGAUAUUGCCAAAGAGCUUGUUCAGAUAUUACACGAUGUGGACCAGUUAUUGUGCCUGAGCAACACUUGCAGCAAUGCCGAGUGUGCAGCGAGACGGGGACGUCAUGCGGCCCGACGGGUCCCCCGGACGGUGAGGGCAUCGAGGGGGCUGAUUUUGUCCUGUAUGUAAGUGGGGUGACCACAGAGCGUUGUGGGCAGGAGAAUAUUGUGGCCUAUGCAGCGUACUGCCAGCUGGAGGCAGAACUAGACAGGCCCAUCGCUGGAUAUGCCAAUCUGUGUCCAAAUAUGAUCUCGACUCAGCCUCAGGAGUUUGAGGGCAUGCUGUCCACUGUCAAACAUGAGAUCAUCCAUGCGUUGGGUUUCUCAGCUGGUCUGUUCGCUUUUUAUCGUGAUGAUGAUGGGAAACCGUUGACGCCACGCUUCGAAAGUGGUUUACCGUCGUUUAAUGAGAGUUUGGGCCUGUAUCAGUGGAGUGAGAAGGUCAUAACCAGAGCAACACGACUGUGGGACAUUCGUGGUGGUCACAUGGUUCGACACGAGGUCCAGCUGAUGGUCACUCCACGAGUUGUAGAAGAAGCUCGGAGACAUUUCAAAUGCCCUAUUUUAGAAGGCAUGGAGCUAGAAAACCAAGGGGGCAUGGGCACAGAGCUGAACCACUGGGAGAAACGGUUACUGGAGAAUGAAGCGAUGACUGGAUCUCACACUCAAAACCGAGUGUUUUCCAGAAUCACACUGGCUAUAAUGGAGGAUACAGGGUGGUACAGAGCAAACUACAGCAUGGCAGAGAACUUGGAAUGGGGCAAAGGUUUGGGAUGUGACUUUGUGAUGAAAAGCUGUAAAUUCUGGAUCGACCAGCAGCGUGAAACAAAGCCCUUUCUGAGCCCAUACUGUGAUACCGUGCGUGGGAUACCGCUGCAGCUCUCCUGCAGGCAGGACCAGCUAGCAGUGGCGGUGUGCAACCUGCAGAAGUAUCCUCAGCCUCUUCAUCAAAAAUAUCAGUACUUUGACAGUAUAGAUGGUGUUCCCGAAGAUGAUUUGCCUUUUUACGGAGGUGCCGUGGAGAUUGCUGAUUUUUGCCCCUUCAGUCAGGAGUUCAGCUGGCAUCUGAGCGGAGAGUUUCAGCGCAGCUCUUACUGCAGGAUCCAAGAAAACCAGCCAGACCCAUGGAGGAAUUAUGCAGCAGAAGAAUACGGUCCCAACUCCAUUUGUCUUUACCAAAAGUCAGCCUUCGUCAUGAAGCAGUGCAAUAAACGGAUGACCUACCCCGACUGGGGAAGUGGUUGCUAUAAGACGUCUUGCUCAGCACUGGGUUUACUGGUGUGGGUGCAGGAUCAGAGUUUCCUGUGCGUACGUGCUGGUCAGGUGCUCAACGUGAAUCUGAGGAUGAAUGAGUGGGUGUACAGCGGCCAACUCAUCUGUCCCGCCUGCUCCGAAUUCUGCAGCCAGUGUUCUCAUCCACACGAGCUCCCACCGGUUAACACCACUCGCACUUUUCUCAUCGAUCCAUGCUCCAGCUCCUCUGGCCUGGUCGUCACGCUGUGGCGGCUCCUGUUUAACCUCAUUCCUCUGCUGGCAGGCUUCAUGCUCUGUGUAAGGAACUGA